AGGCAACGUGCGUUCCAUGCUUACACGAUUCCUUUUGAGCAAGGAAUGCGCUGUCGAUAUGGUAUAGAAGUUGGAGCAUAAAUUAUUGUUUUCUGCGUUUACUUUGAACAUUGUUAGAUGUGACAUAUAUUUACGUCCAGUCAUUAGCGGUAACCAGGUCUUCUUGAUUUGAUUGUGGAUUUUUAAAGGAAGCCUUAGAAUGGGUAAAUUGAGAAAAGGGCAUAACUGGAAAGCGAGACAGCAAGUGAAGACCACAGAAGACAAGUCAUCAGAAACCCAUCAAGAUGUGCAGGUGGAGAUUGAAGGUGCAGAUCAGUUGAAAGGAGUGGAUGAAAGCAAUGCUUUAGUUUUACCAGCUAAAAAAUCCAAACGGAAGAAAAUCAAUGAGAGCGACCCUGUAAAAAAGCAGCUUAGCCGGAAGCAGAAGAAAGUCCUCCAGAAAGUUCUGGAGCAGAAGGAGAAGAAAAAUAAGCGAGUGGAUAUUCUCAGUAAACUGAGCGAGGUUCAGGCAUCAGAGAAGGAGCUGAGUCUGUUAUACACCACGUCCAAAUUGGGUACAGGAGAUCGCUUGUACAGUGCUAAACGAACUGUAGAUGAGGUUGGUGACACAGCAUUAGGUCGGAUCAGCAGUAUCAGUGGUGUGAACAAAAGACGCAGACAUAAGUCAGAAGAAGAAAAUGAGCAAGAAUCAGAGGAUGAGGCGUCUUCUGACGGUUCUAGUGAAGAUGGUGAAGAUUCCCCGGAAAAAGGGGAAGAAGUUGAAGUUGACAGCACCGCAGUGCGGCCUGACAUCUCAAGUACUUCACAGGACCUUCAGCCAGAGUCUAAAGAGAAGCCAAAACAAGACGAGUCCAGACAAAUGUCUUCAGAGGUGCCAUCCUCUGAACCAGCUAUAUUUGUCCCUGUAGACAGAACUCCUGAAAUUCAGGAGGCUAGACUGAAACUUCCAAUCCUAGCUGAAGAACAGGUCAUAAUGGAAGCCAUUAAGGAGAAACCAGUUGUAGUGCUGUGUGGAGAAACUGGCAGUGGGAAAACUACACAGGUUCCGCAGUUUCUAUAUGAAGCUGGCUAUGGAAGUAAAGGUGACAUUAUUGGAAUAACAGAACCACGCCGUGUAGCAGCUGUUGCUAUGUCACAGAGAGUGGCUCUGGAAAUGAAUCUGUCUGACAGGGUAGUCUCAUAUCAAAUCCGAUAUGAAGGAAACGUUUCUGAUGAAACCAAGCUGAAGUUCAUGACAGAUGGUGUGUUGUUAAAAGAAAUUCAGAAGGAUUUCUUGCUUAAUAAAUACAAAGUAAUCCUCAUCGACGAAGCACACGAAAGAAGUGUGUACACUGACAUUCUGAUUGGAUUGCUGUCCCGUAUAGUCCCGCUUCGGCAAAAGAAAGGAAACCCGUUGAAGUUAAUCAUUAUGUCUGCUACGCUACGAAUUGAGGAUUUUACAGAAAACAAGCGGCUUUUCCCCAAUCCUCCUCCUGUUAUCAAGGUGGACUCCAGGCAGUUUCCGGUUACAAUACAUUUUAACAAGCGCACGCCGGUGGAUGACUAUGCUGGAGAAUGCUUCCGGAAAGUCUGCAAAAUCCACAGGAUGCUUCCGCCAGGAGGGGUCUUGGUUUUUCUAACAGGGCAGGCUGAAGUUCAUUCCCUCUGUAGAAGGUUAAGGAGAGCCUUUCCAUACCAUGGGAAAAAUGUCCAGGAAGAAGAGGAUGAAGAUUCCCAGGAGGCAAUCAAAAAAUUUAAGAAGUCAAAAAAGCGCAAGCAAGUGGAUCUACCGAAGAUUGAGCUAGACAACUAUUCAGCCAUGCCAUUGGACGAAGGAGAUGAAGACAGGGAGGCUGGCGAUGAGGAGGAAGAUGGUGAGGGGGGGUCUGACCUUGACCUGGAUUUAGGAGAUGAUGGAUCUAAUGAAGAUCAGAAACCAGACUCCUCUCUCCCGCUGUUUGUACUGCCGCUCUAUUCUCUGUUAGCCCCAGAAAAACAGGCAAAGGUGUUCCGCCCCACACCCAGUGGCACAAGACUGUGUGUUGUGGCCACCAAUGUAGCAGAAACUUCCCUCACUAUACCAGGAAUAAAAUAUGUGAUCGACUGUGGAAAAGUGAAGAAGAGAUUUUACGAUAAAGUCACUGGUGUUUCUUCUUUCCGAGUGGACUGGAUUUCUCAAGCCUCAGCCAACCAGAGAGCAGGGAGAGCAGGUCGUACUGAGCCUGGGCACUGCUACCGGCUCUAUUCUUCUGCUGUGUUCAGCGAUUUUGAAGAGUUCUCUGUCCCUGAAAUAACCAGACGGCCAGUUGAUGACUUGGUUCUUCAGAUGAAAGAUCUGAACAUUGAGAAGGUGGUAAACUUCCCUUUUCCCACCCCACCCUCUAGUGGUGCCCUUAUAGCUGCUGAGGAACUAUUGAUAUCCCUAGGAGCACUGCAGCAGCCCCCCAAAGUUGGCAGGUUAAAUGCCCUCCAGAAGGCUAAACUCAGCAGCCCCAUCACUGCUCUAGGAAAAACCAUGGCAUCUUUUCCUGUCGCACCUCGAUAUGCAAAAAUGCUUGCACUGGGCAAACAGCAUGACUGCUUACCAUAUGUUAUCACAAUUGUAGCUGCAAUGACGGUGAGAGAGCUGUUUGAGGAGCUUGACCGACCUGCAGGCAGUGACGAAGAGAAAGAGAAGAUAAAGGGCAAGAAGGGCAGAGUGGUACAAAUGCAGCGGAUCUGGGCAGGACAGGACCCUGCACAGAAACUGGGUGACCUCAUGGUGAUGCUAGGGGCUGUUGGUGCUUGUGAAUAUGCCGGACUUACACCAAAAUUCUGUGAACAAAACGGGCUUCGAUACAAAGCCAUGGUGGAAAUAAGACGUUUAAGAGGGCAGUUGACGACCGCAGUCAAUUCUCUAUGCAGCGGCAUCCGCCUUUUCAUUGAUCCGAAAAUGAGCCCUCCAACAGAGAGCCAGGUGACUUAUCUGAGACAGAUUGUCAUGUCUGGUCUGGGAGAUCACAUAGCCAGGAGGAUCAGCCCAGAAGAACUUCUUGAUGAGAAGUGGAGGAAUGGCUAUAAGACUCCCCUUCUGGAGGAUCCAGUUUUCAUUCACCCAAACUCUGCUCUGUUCAGACAGCUUCCUGAAUUUGUGGUCUACCAGGAAAUUUUGGAAACCUCAAAAAUGUACAUGAAAGGGGUAUCUUCCAUUGAGUCGGAAUGGAUCCCUGCCUUGCUUCCUCAGUACUGUCAUUUUGGAAACCCUCUGGAGGACCCUCCUCCAUUCUACUGCCCAGACUCAGGCAGUGUAAUGUGCCACCGGCCAAGCACCUUCUACCGCGUUGGGUGGCAACUGCCUGCUGUGGUGGUCGAUUACCCUGAAGGGCUGGAACGCUACAAAUAUUUUGCAAAGUUCUUACUUGAAGGAAAGGUGGUCAAAAAUCUGCGCUCUUACACCAAUGUUUUAUUAUCCAACCCAACAACAAUGCUUAAAUCCUGGGCCAAACUGCAGCCAAGGACAGAAAUCCUGUUGAAAGCUUUGGUUUCUGAAAAUUGCGACAAUCACUCUUCUUUAGUGGCUGCCUGGAAAAGGAAUCCAAAAUAUUUGUUAACUGAAUUUUGCCAGUGGGUCCCAGAAGCUAUUCAUGAAGAUGUAUCUAGGGCUUGGCCACCAGUCACUGCAUGAAUUUACAAAUAGGAUCCACAGGAUUUAAAUGCAAAAUUGCCC